AUGUCGAAGCUCGUGACCUGGAGCAUGGGCCGGCAGGCUCGUGCGGCGCUUGCGGCGAAGGCAGCAGCUGAGAGCAGCCCAGCGUGGCACUCGGUCAAGCUCCGCGGAGACAAAGUUGUCGUCGCACUCUCCGAUGCUGAGGUGCCGCAGCCGCUCAAGCGCGCCACUGCACCGAGCAGCGAGUCGUCGCACGGUGUUCCCGUUGGCACCUUCGUCCACGGCGACUACUGCGCGACGUGCGGCAUGGUGGGCCACCUGCACGGCGCAAAGGGCAUGCCUUGCGAGGAGCAGCGCGACCCCGAGCUCGAGCACAUCUGCGCGACUCUGGACUGGGAGGCUGGCCACUCGACCGGCGUGAUCUCGGCGCACCAGUGGGCGCCGCGCGUGAAUGGGCGGGCGCCCUGACGGCCGACGGGCCGCAGCUUGCACUCAGGGGGCCGGAGCGGACCUGCUCCGAGAGCGAGAGAGGCAGAGGCGGAGGGCGAGCGAGCGAGAGGCGCGGUGCGGCGAUGCUGGGACCGGGGAUAGGACCCCCUUGGGCUCUGCUCCCCCGCUCUAUACGCUCGGUGGAGCUCCGGUACGCACAACGAUCGAGCAUUCAGACAUGGUUUGUGGUGCGUGCGUCUGUGUGUUUUGUGAGCGGGGGCGCUGAUCGGUGUCACUGCACGCGGCGUUCAAAUGGGAGUAGUGCACAUGCGGGGGGGUGGGGCGUGUAACCCUGUGUGUUUCUGUGCAUGUGUGCGGUGCGUGGCGGUGGUGCAUAUUUCACGAUCGGUGUACAACA